GUCUCAGAAGAUGAAACAAAGGAGCGGUUGCAGGAAGACGGGCGGUGGCGUCGAUCGAGUGGGCGCGCGGUGACCGACAUGCUUCCUAUAUAUGCAUGCGUGCUCGUUGGUGGAGUCCAAGCGCAAGUUAACACCACACCACCAUCCCCGCUUGGAUCACCUGGAGCUUCCGGGCCACUCACCCACCCAUCCUGCACAGGCUGACCCAUCUAUCUUUCCGAAAGGGUGGUGUAGCGGCGAGCUCGGAGAGGGAUCGAGUGCGAGCGAGGCCGAUCUGUCUGCAGUGCACGCAGCAGCAAACCAAAGAGCUCAGAGUUUUCGUUGUUUGUUUCGGAUGACGACCUGUCGCACCGCGAACGCAGCCGCCGUCGUCCGUCUCCUGCUGCUGUGCUCUUUCUGCGCCGCCGCCGCCAUUGCCUGCGACCCUCCUAAUGGCGCCAAGUUCGGGUACACCGGCUCCGUCGGUCCCGACCACUGGGGCGCACUGAGCCCCAGCUUCAGGCAGUGCGCGACAGGGACGAAGCAGUCCCCGAUCGACAUCUCCACGGCCCAGGCGGUCUCCAACCCGGCGCUGCAGCCGCUCCACAGGGACUACACCGUGGCCAACGCCACCCUCGUCGACAACGUCGUCAACGUCGCGCUGCGCUUCGACGGCGACGGCGGCGCCGGGAGCGUGAGCGUCGGCGGGAAGCUGUACACGCUGAAGCAGGUGCACUGGCACUCGCCUUCCGAGCACACCGUCGACGGCCGCCGGUUCCCCGUCGAGCUCCACAUGGUCCACGCCAGCGACGACGGCAACGUCACCGUGGUGGCCAUGCUCUACCGGUUUGGCAGGCCGGAUCCUUUGCUCUGGCAGAUCCAGGACAAGCUGGCCGCGCUGCACGCGGAGGGCUGCAGAGCGGACAAGGGCGCUCCGGUCGCCGCCGGAGACGUCAGCCUGUGGUCGCUCAGGCUCUACUCCCACACGUACUACCGCUACGUCGGGUCGUUCACCACGCCGCCCUGCACCGAGAACGUCAUCUGGAGCGUCCUGGCCCAGGUGAGGGAGAUGACGGUGGACCAGGCCGCCGCCCUGAUGGCGCCCCUGGAGCAAGCUUACAGGCGCAACAACAGGCCGACGCAGCCGAGGAACGGCCGCGUCGUCCAGGUCUACCGCAACGGGUUCAUCAACAAGAAGACGGCGCCGUAGCCGUGCCAUGCGCUGCCCCGUAUGCGUGGCCUGGUCCUUGGUGGCGACGCCAAGUCCUCUGGGUUACUUGUCAGUUGUUUCUCGUCGAAGUCUUUGUGUUCUUCUGCACUUGUUCUGCCGCCGGUUUUGGUGCUCUCGGGACUGAAUGUUCGUCAGUGGGUCUGUGGGUUUAGCUAGGUUAGGAGAUUUAAGCUGUUUAGUUUCUGCAAAAUCUAUCCUCCUUAUCUGUUAGUAAUGAUUAGCAUGUUGUUGGUCGACGCAUGAUCUUCAUUGCAGCGAAUAACGUAACAGAUAGACGCAAUCAUCUAAGAGCAUCCUCUAAAUUAUUAUUUACAGAGUCAUUUGCAUAAAAUCAUUUUAUAUAUUUUUUCAAUCUCCAACAUCUUUUC